UGCCACCAGGUACGCGCGCGCUUGAGUGUUUCCACUGUCCGAACGUACUAUACCGUCCUCUUUCGAAGUCUUCGAACGAUUUUGGGGAAAAAAGAAGGGCUGGCGCGAUACCGAAAGCGAUUUUAUUCGAAAAUUCGGACGAUAGCGAUCGUUGGGGUGAAAAUCUCGUCGAAGUGGAAAUUCGAGUUCGACAGUCGCGGAAAUAAAAAAUACCAUCCCACCCCCCUUUGGUUCGCGGUCGUCGCACCUGAAUCCCCUCGGAUAUACCAGAAGCCUCGUCAUCACGUGGCGGUGAACCAGUGGAGUUUUGAAAAUCCAAGUGAAAUUCGUCGUCUAAUGCAGCGGCCAGGUGAAAGCGAACUUGACCCCUGUGCAGUUAGUUUACGUACAGUGAAUUUUCGGUUGGCAUUCGAGGAAAUUUCGAACGUACGUUAACGCUCGUUUCCUUGAAGUGCGUGUCACCGAUGUGUCGGCAAUAAAUUACGUGAAAAUUUGGUAUUCGAAAAACUGCCGGAUAUUCUUCGAUAUUAAAAGCUCUCGCUAACCGCGUUGUUGCGAAGGAAACGAAAAUCGGAAAUAACAGUGAUAAUUAAUUUCGAGCGACCCAAUUCGACCGAGGAAAACGUGUCUCCGGCUUACUUACACGUAAAAUUCCGCGAUAAGAAAAAGUGCGGACGAAUUUUCCUCGAGCCUCGUACGCCCGAUUCGCUCGAAGUGUCGUAAGAAUUGUAUUCCCGGUAGAGCACGGUCGGCCCGAGGAUCGUCUGAGCAUUUUUGUUAAAUCACAUCAUCCGUGAGUUAUUUAUCCAACCGACGUCGCUGCUUAUCUCACGGAGAAACCGCAGAGAGCGCAAAUACAUGAAGCUGAGAUAAAAUAACGAGCUUUCCAGUUUAUCAAGGCACUUGACUCCGAGCUAACGCGUUACUAUCAACCUUACGUUUUUUUUUACGGGGAACCUGAACCUGCAACGUUUGCCCUGCGGAGUUAUUCAAAUACCCUUAUCGAAAAACAAAUGUACAUGCGUACGUAAAAAAGUCAGUCAAGUGCCCAUCCGCGCGUACGACCGAUCGUGAGAUUAAUUCAGCCGAGGACGUCUUCCUGAGUCGUUGAUUUCGUGGAGAGAGAAGAACAACGAAGAAAUAGAUAAAAAAUAUGACGCGAAGGUCCCAGCUUCCCACCGGACUGCUGCGUCCCUGUUCUACGAAGAAGCUGAUUACGAGAGCUCGUAGAGUGCGAUGAGGUCAGAGGCGCGGGCCGAAUCAUAAAUAAGUUUUGAUUUAACAUUAGGGACGAGAAAAGGGACGAAUGUGUGUAUUCGGUGAUGCCGUAAGACGACCCCGACUGGUCUCUCGCCGUGUAGUAAAUUUGGUAAAAUACUGAGACGAGUGUCAGCUGGAUAAUUGAAACGAUGUUGAAGUGGAUAAAAGUGCGUCAGGAUCCGAAUGCCUCGUGUGCGGUUCAAUCCACGACGUCCGUUCACGCGGAUAAUUCACAAACGAUCGGCGAUAAGGAUAGAAAUUAUGGAAGCGUUCAGGUCAAGGCGGAGGAGGAGGCCGAAGACAGUGGAAUGGAGAGAGAGGAUUCACCUGCAGGGAUCGAUCUUAAGGAUCUGAAAAAAGACCUCUUCUCCCAGCUUCAAUUCUCACAGGAAAGUGCUUUGCCACCGGAUGCUCUGCGACGAGCACUUGCCGAAAGUUUUCUCGAUCAACAGAGAUUUCAACUCGGUUUUAUGGACGACGCUGCCGAAUGUUUCGAGAACAUUUUGCUGAGAAUUCAUCUCCACAUAGCGAGCGGCGAGGCUGAGGAUAUGUGCAGCGCCAGACAUUGCGUACCUCAUCAAAAGUUCGCCAUGACUUUGGUCGAACAAAGCGUCUGUGGUGCUUGCGGGGCGACUUCGGAACCCUUGCCUUUUACUCAGAUGGUCCACUACGUGUCCGCUUCCGCCCUGACAUCACAGGCGCGUCAAACACCGCAGACCUCGAGAACGUGCCCCGAUCUUUUCGGGCAACUUCUGCGGCGAGCCGGUGGAAUGGGAGACAUACGCGAUUGUCCGAGUUCCUGUGGCGCAAAGAUUCAAAUUUGCCGAACCCUCAUGAAUCGACCCGAGAUAGUCUCGGUGGGUGUUGUAUGGGAUAGCGAGAGACCGUCUUUAGAGCACAUCAUGGACGUAUUCGCGACCGUUGGGACGUCUCUCAGAUUGAGCGACGUCUUCCACAGCGUGGUCGACUCCAGAUGGGGAGCAUCGACCGUCCACAAUCUCGUCGGGGUCGUUACCUACUACGGGAAACACUACUCGACGUUCUUCUUUCACACGAAAUUGAAGGUCUGGAUAUAUUUCGACGACGCCACUGUCAAGGAAAUCGGUCCACGGUGGGAGCAGGUUGUGGAUAAAUGUAGAAGGGGGAGGUACCAGCCCCUACUUUUACUCUAUGCGACCCCCGGUGGGACACCGGUAAACACGGAAAACGCCCCCAAAACUGUAACGCCGUUUCCCAAUGGAAACGGUCUGAAAACUCCGCCGAAAAAUAAUCUGAGGAGGUCCGUCACGCCGAGUCCGGAAAAAGCCGCUAUCAACGGCAACGCGAGGCGAGCGAUAACCCCCAACCCCGAUAGUCCACCUCACAUUUACACCCAGCGAAGGAUAUACAGCGAUUAUCAAAACUUGACGGAUAUUCAGAACAACAUUUUUGGGAAUCAGGGUGUGGACACAGUCGACGGUGACGUCGAUUCGAAAUACAUAAGUAGACGCGCGGUCGAAAAUGUGAUGCAGCAACAGAAAAAACAACAGAUGCAAUUAACGCGAAGUUUGAGCGCGGGUUCAACGCCCCAGGACGGAAUAAGUAUUCCGGAUCAUUUGAACGUGCCGCGAAGAAGAGAUUCUGGAAAUUGGUCGGGUGACAGGAACAGCGCGUCCUCGAGUUCAUCGACAACGAUGGACAACCCCUAUCUCUACAUCGUCAACAAAAUGCAGAGGAACUCGGGUGUGCCGAAAAGUCCGACGAGUAAAUCCGGCGAACUUUCGAGCAGCAGCAGCGGUCACUACGACGCCGGAUACGAUUCGUAUUCUUUGUCUUCCACAGACAGUCUUCCACUUCAGCAAGGACUGAAGCAUAAUUUACAGCUCGCUCAGAUCCCCGAAGGGUAUCAACCCUCCUCGGGAGACGACUGCGAGCGUCUCUGUAAGGAAACGGAUGCCUUGCUGGACAAAUCCAGAGCGGCGGAAGAUGCCGGAGAUCUCGGCACCGCCGUAGCGCUUUGCAAUGCAGCGAGCAGCAAAGCGAGAGCUGCGAUGGACGCACCGUAUAAUAACCCCCAUACGAUUACGAUUGCGAGGAUGAAACAUAACACCUGCGUUAUGAGGGCGCGGAGUCUUCACAGGAGAAUAUUGCAAGAACAAGCCAUCGCCAAUGGCGAAAAGGAAGAGAGCGCACCGGAGGGCCGUCAUUCUCGCGAGAACAGCAAGUCGAGUCAACACUCUCGCCAAGGUUCUCGUGACAAGGGUAACCACUCGCGGCAGAACAGUCGUGAAUUGUUGACGAACGCCGCCGCGGUACAGACCACUGUCGAGAAGCCGUCCGCGUCUGUGAAGAGCAUCGAGAUAUACGCGACCCUGCCGAAAAAGAAGACCCUACGAAGCAAGGCGACAGCGGUCAACGUCGUCGAGGACGAAGAGUACAUGCUCUACGACAGGCCGACCCAGCGAACGGGACUAUUCGGGAGAGUGAAGAGGUGCGAGGAGGAUAAGAAGGACAAAAAGCGGGCGCGGAGUGAGGAGCGGAACAAAAACCUCACCAAAGACUUCUCGAUAGCCCCGAUGACGAAAGCAGCUCCGUCCCCGAGGAACGCGAAGCCCGAAAAGCCCAAGGAAACGGUGGAGAACAACUCGACGAAAAUAUCGCAGACGAACGGAACGCUGCCGGCGGAACAGAAGCAAGGAAAGAAGCAACACAAGAUUAGGAGGAAGCUGCUGAUGGGAGGUUUGAUAAAGAGAAAAAAUAGGAGCAUGCCCGACCUCAGGGAAGGUCAGGACGGACAGCCUCAACCGACUAUCGAAACUACGUGCAACACGCUGCCCAAACAAUCCGUCGACGAUUCCAACUUGGGACUCAAGGGAAACGAAGUGGGGCAGUCACUUAGCGGCUACCUGUCCGAAGGACACCUCGAGUUUGCGGGAACCGGGAAUGGUAACAACAACAACACCGGAAACCCGAAUCUUGAACGAAGUCGAUUGAUGAGAAAAAGCUUUCACGGUAACGCUGGUAAGGUGCUACACGUUGCGAAGGUUCCACCCCCACCGCCGCUCAGAACGACUUCCCAACUUAGCAAGUCUAAGUCUCAAGGCGAAGCGCGAAACGAGCAGUCGGACGGUUCCUCGUACCCCGUUAUCAUCAAUGAAGACAGUAGUUCGUCUUCGCAUCAAAGUCAAAACGGGGCGUUUUGGAAUCACGGAAAUCACGCGGGAGCACCGCAUCAGAGUCAUAACUCUGCUCGGGCCAAUUACACCGGCAAUUAUUCCUCGGAACCGCAUUCGCUGCAGUUCGUUCCCUCCUACGCUUCGGAACAGACGAUGAUGGGGAAUUUCGGUGGGAAACCGAGAAUCCAAGAUGACGUGGUGCAAUACGCCAACGGGAUUAUCCACGAGCCUACAUUCGUGGUAACCCGAGCUGACGUGCACAGCGAACAGAGUCCCGUAAAGCACCAACUUCAACAACCCGAUUCGCUCCCUCCUUAUCCCGAAAACCAAAAUGUCUCGCACUCCAGACAACCCAGCGAAGAGUUCCCGCCACCUCCGUAUCCCUGCGUCCCUACCUCCGCCACUCACUCCAGACAACCGAGUGAAGAUUUCCCGCCUCCGCCACCCCCCAUCGAGGAGAAUCCACCGAAUUUACCACAAUCUUUCGGAGAAAUGGAACAGAACAAACAACAUUACAACAUGCAGUCGCAAAUGUUGUCGCCCCAUCAGCAACAGCAGUUCGAAGCACAGCAAAUAAGCAGUUUGUUGGCUCAGCUACAGCUUAAAAGGGAACAAAUUCUAUCUGGAGAAGUCGAAGAGAAGAAGCCGGAACACGAUGACGAGGACAAGACAUCCGGAGAAACGUGGCUCCGUGAAUUGCAAGCUAAGCAGGCUGAGAGGAGAAUGAAAAAGCAUCAGGGAUCAACCGAUCAAAUGGCAACGCACAAUCAGGACAUGCCAAAGACCAGAGGUCCUCCCGUUCAACAAACUCAGGGUUCCACCAUCUCGAGGAGGACGAGCGAUCUCAUGAUGAAUAGCCUUGGACAAGUCCACGAGCCUGCGGGAAGGGAUGUAACGGACAACGCGAGACUCGUCACCGUUUCUUCUUCCGUUAAAGAUAUGGCCGCCAGAUUCGAGCAGAUAAAACAACUGCCCGUCAGAAACGAUCAGAUCGACCAGCAGAAAAUUCAGAAUGGAAAACCCGUAAAUCUUUCCGCGUCCCCUGCGGGAGGCAUGGAUACGUCGCAGGAGAACUCGACUUCCGAUCAGCCGCUCAAAUUGUCGACAGAGAAUUUGACCGCGUUCACGAUGUCGGAUCCUCAGAACCAGUCGAAUCAUUCGGUGCUGAAUUCGAGCUUUGAGUCAAGCUCCAGCCAGAGCACGUUCAUUUCGAACGCGCCGAUCGCCACACCGAGUAAUAAUCCGCAAACGGAGAGCGGAUUGAAUGCCGCGAUUUUAUCGAUGUCCUUAUUUUUGCCCCACGAAAACGGUCUGCCGGUCGAUUACCCAGAGGAUGACAUAAGCGAGGUCGCCAUGCAGAAUACCAUUCAAAAUACGACGAUACUUCCCACCGAUGAGGAUAUUAUCCCGAGGAAGACGAAACGCAGGAUCGGUAAGAAGAAGAGCGUCUCUUUCUGCGAUCAAGUAGUUUUGGUAGCCACGGCCGAAGACGACGAAAAGGACUCUUACAUUCCAAAUCCCAUACUCGAACGCGUUCUGAGGUCUGCCCUCAAUAAACCGGAAACAGCCCUCGUCCUCAGGGAGAUCAGAAGCCUCCAGGAGGCGGAAUUGAACCGAGAAAAUUCAGCGCCCAAAUUUCAACAGCAAACUUUACCACUGAAAAGUGAGGCCGACAGCAUUCCGGCCACUCCGUUCCAGGAUCAACUCAGAAGCGUCAACCUGAUGCCGGAAACCAUCAGACCGACGUUCGGAAGACAAAAUUCGAACGAGUUGUCUUCCGGCACGCAAGACGCCGCGAAAAUCUACAAUUCCUACAAUAACGGGCAAGAUGUUGUCAGGGAAACCUAUCCAAACGCACAACAAAAACAGCAGAUCCCUUACGUCGGCCAACAAUAUCCUCAACAAACCGUUCGUUAUCCACAAAAUGGACACCAACAGUACGCGCAAGGGCAGCCGGUCUAUCCGCAGACGCAAACCGCACACCCCAGAAAUCAGGGGAUCCCGGUAUCUCAGAGUCAAAAGCCCGCGAGUCCUUUCCCUUGUACGCAAACUCACCCCCAGUACGCCAUGCAGAACGGUACGGGGUCUCAAAAAGUCGUUGCGAAUAACAUCCAGAAAAAUGGAUUCCAGGGCAACAAUUACUAUCAACUCGAACAGCAGCAUAAUCAAAUGAACAAACAGUACACGGCUCAACAACAACAACAACCCCAACAACAACAGCAGCAGCAGCAACAACAACAACAACCGCAACAGCUACAACCGGGCAACAAUCUCCCGCAGAGGAUACAAUCGCACAACGUCAGUCCCGUGACCGUUGCCCAAUGCCAACAAUUGCCCUACCCUGCCAACCAAUCGCCAAAUCCUUACCAGCAGUAUUCCUCGUCACCUCAGAAUCAGUAUCCCCUCAAUUCUUACCAGGGAUAUCCGUCGCAACAAAAUUGCCGAACGAAUCAGUUGCUACCGCAGUAUCAGCCGCCUCCGAAUCCAGCUUCGGUUCCGAAUUGUCAGCAACAGCAAACCCAGCAGCAGCAACUGCAACAACCUCAACAAAACGGGGUGCAGAGUUAUCCCGCCGCGAGAAUAGAUACCAACAACUAUCAGCGGCAACCCACGCAGAAAAAUGAGCAGCAGAACAUUCUCGCCCCGAAUCAGACUUAUCCGAACCCCCUGCAGACUGGACAGAUUCAAUCCAACAUGAAAUACCCGACGUACCAGCAUCCGCCAGCACCGAAACAGACGAAACAGGUACAUUUUCAAACAGGUACGAAAGGGUUGCCGAUCAAUCAGAACGCAGCCAAUGCUCAGAAGGCUCUGAACUCAAAUACUGUGAUGCAAAGGACGACUCUUUGUCAUUUGUGCAGAAAAAAACAGGUGGUCGAACCCACGAUUUAUUGCAGCGAUUGCGAUUUCUACAUGUCGAGAUUUCGACCGAAAAAUUAAAUGAUCGGUAUCACUGCUGAGCGUUUUUAGUACCUGUAGGAGUAUUUUCAGAUAACGAUUGACGAUAUCGUUGGCUUACGGUUAGAGAUUUCCUAAGCUUUCCUUGUAUAUUGUAGAUAAUGUUCGAGUGAACAAAAUCCUUCGUUGCUGCAUCUAAAAAGAUAUUAUUAUACACGUAUAUAUUCGUAAGUAGAUGAUAUAGUCUUUGAUCUAUUACGUCUUGUUUGAAAUGAAAAUUUUUAUUGUUUCCCGCCAUCGUUUUCAUAUUAUACUUAAUACACAUAGCUGACAACUGCGGCUAUGAGAUGUUAAUGAUCGUGAUUAGUUUAUUACCGUUGAUUGCUCGGAGAUGAUGAGCUAAAACGUUAGGAGAAAUCUACCGAUUUUCAAUAGUUUUUUAUUGUUGUAAAUUAUUCGAUACUAGUGUCUUAAAAGUUCCCUAUCAUUUUAUUACUUUAUAAAAUAAUAGAUGAUUGUUGUUAUCCGAAUAUUAUGUUUAAUUUCUCACAAAUUAGUUGUUACUGUUUUAAUUUUUAAGUAUUACUCGUACGAAUUAAAUAUAAUCGCAUAUUUCAAUCGUGUGUCGUUUGACAAUUCGACGGAGAAUGAUGAUAACGAUUUUAUUCUCAUUUCAAUUUCUCUCAACUUGAUAAUAAUAGUUUAGAGCGAUAUUAGGAAUGUCAGAAAUGUGAUACUAGCGAAGCUACGUAGUGCACUGUGUUAAGUUAUAGCGUAUUAUUCGAUGAUGUUGGAGAUGAUAUCAAAAAUUAUGAGCGAUCGGAUGAUUGAAGAUACAACGAUUGAUUGAGCAUAAAAAAUAGAAAAAAAAACCAUUGAAGUUUGAAAAUAAAUCGCUGGAACAUGAUCUCUAAAAUAUGGAAAUGUCGAGUUUAUUAUAAAAAUAGAUAAUUAUUACGCGUUAAAGUUAUUAUAUACAUAUAUUUGUAUAUGUAUUAUGUUAUGGAUUAUCCACGUGCUAGAUAAAUGUACAAAUUUCUUAUUUUAUAUAUUUUUUGUAUAUGUCGCAGUAUUUUGUUUUAAAAAUACUUAUAUUUUCAUCUGAAUUACGUUAAUAAAUUACUAUACACGUAAAAUAAAUCCAA